AAUAGAUGACUAAGAUUGUAGCAACAUUCAAAACAUGAGAGAGGGUCCGGAGAGGAUUUGUAUAUGGUUUAUUAUCCAAAUGAAUCAAAGGAAGAACAAAACAUCAAGAUGAGUAGUUGCAAAACCAUGUUCUGUUCAUCACUCUCUUCCUCCUUCAAAUUCAAAUCCAAAUCCACUCUCACUCUUCUUCCUCCUCCUUCUUCUCUCCUCCACCUCCGUCAUCACCACCACAAAUCCACCUCACGAUGUUACAUUUCAUCUCAAACCGCCGUCGUUUCAUCCAUAGAAGAGCCGCAAACAGAAGAGCCACAAUCGAAGGACAAAAUCCAAAACAUCCUCACAAACGGCGAAGGAGUCACCGCAAUCAUGAAAAUGAACCGAAAGCCUCUUCUUCACGAGCCUCAGCCUCGGUGGUUCCCUUACCUAGACAGCUUCAGGUGCGAGAACGGUUACGAACUUACCAGCGACGAAGUUAUUGAAGCUGUUGACCCUUGUCUUUCGGAGUCGAGGAAGCUUAGGUUCGGGAACGCGGUUCGGAACCGAAGCUACUCGGUUUGUCUCGUGGUGGAAGGGCUGUGUGAUUUCGGUAACGUUUCUGCUGCUUUUCGAUCUGCUGAUGCUCUCGGUGUUCAAUCUGUUCAUGUUGUUUCUAGUGAAGCUAACAAAAGGUAUAAGGACAAUCGGCAUGUAAGCAUGGGUGCAGAGAAAUGGUUGGACAUUGAACUGUGGGGCUCUACAAAGGAAUGCUUUGAAACGUUGAAAUCGCGUGGUUAUAGAAUUGCCACGACUCAUGUUGGAAUAGACGCGGUUUCUAUUUAUGACAUGGAUUGGUCUUGUCCAACUGCAAUCGUAGUCGGGAACGAAAAUAGGGGUAUUAGCGACGAGGCGUUGGCAAUGUCAGAUUUACACUGCAGUAUUCCGAUGAAAGGGAUGGUGGACUCUUUCAAUGUUUCAGUUGCUGCAGGAAUCCUCAUGCACCAUGCUGUUUGUGAUAGAAUUUCUCGAACGGGCCAGCACGGCGAUUUGACAGUAGAAGAAAGACAAAUUCUUCUAGCAGAGUUUUCACUGCGUCAUAGCAAUAGCGCGAUCGGUGUUGUUGAAGAUUACGCAAAGCGCAAGGCGGCAUUAUUGACGUAGAACCAUUCACAGGAAACUAAGCUACUUCUAAUUUUAUGUUCGCGCAUUCUUAACAUGGAGACAGGCAAGCACUAGAUCACCCUGAUUCAGAUUUUACUUUGCAUUAACCGAAGCAUGGUGCGCAGGUGUUAAUCACAACAAUGGAAACUCGCGAUAUAAUUGCAAAACUGUUUUUUAGUUGAGUUUUUAGGUAUUACCGAGUCACAAGGACAAGGAUUUUGUGUUCCUAGUUCGAUUCAUUUUGUCAUACAACAGUUUGUAUUGUAGUUUAUAAUCAAGGAAGUUCAAAAGGUUAUUUA